AUGACCCUACAAACAAUUUACAUUGCCCGUCAUGGCUUCAGAUCAAAUUGGCUUCCGCCUCCACACCCACCAAACCCAACAGGUAUCGAUAGUGAUCCUGUUUUGGCUCCACACGGAGAAGAACAGGCCGUAGAGCUUGCUGCGCACAUCAGCAAAUUGCAGGAUAAGCCACAGUUUAUUCUCUCCUCACCAUUUUACAGAUGUAUCCAAACAAGCUCGCCCAUUGCUGCCCAAUUGGGUGUGAAAAUUGCCAUAGAUAGAGGCGUAGGUGAAUGGUUCAAGAGAACUAGAGGCAUCGUUCCUAUUCCAGCAGGAUAUGAGCAGCUUCAGCCACACUUCCCAGACGUUUUGGGUGACGAACUGCUCUGGAAUGGGAGCGGUAUCGUCCCUGGUGCUGAUGGAGAGGACGAGAACGAAAUUUUCGCCAGAAGCGCCAAGUUUUGGACGGCCUUCGUUCCCGCAUUCGAGGCUCAAUACCCUGAAAUAACCUCGAUUGUGAUUGUCACACAUGCUGCCACCAAAAUUGCCUUGGGAAUGCAGCUCUUAAAGGCUCUGUCUGUGCAUGAUAACAUUCAAUUCCAGGGUGAGACCACAAAACUCCGCGCCGGUGCCUGUUCAAUAGACAAGUACGUUUUGGAGAGUGAUCUGUGGACACUUAAAGAGAACGGCCGUACGGACUUCUUGAAGGAUGGAGAGGAGAUGAACUGGAACUUCGAUGCAGUGUUUGAGGCCGGCUCCGACGAAGAUAUCAAGGCACGCCAACUUGCUCAAAAUAUAGCAAACGCAGAAAUUAAGAAGGAAGAACACAAGGGCGAAGAGUUCGAGGUACGUAGCUCGCUUUAG